UGGCCACCGGUCGAAGCUCUCCUGCAUAGUGCACAGACGAUGGAGCCGGCGACAGCUCAGCAGCCCGGCAGCUCCGGCCACCCGCUGCGGUACCGGUGAGAAGAAAGCAGCCAGUGCCGGUCCGCCAUGAGCAGCCAGUCGGUCCGCCUGCCCGCACCGCGCCGCCAGUUGUCACUCAGUGCCCCGGCGCCGGGCACACACCGGCUCCAACCUCCAAACCGCUGCUCGCUGCUCCCCGCUGUCCCGACUCGCCUGGCGAUCCAGGAGCCUUGAUUCUUCCCUGUCGACGGGGAGGAGUGUAGACAGAGCGAGAAUCGUCGCCGGCAGCAGCGGGGAGCGAGGAUGGCUUCGGCCGGCUCGCUGCGGGAAGAUGCCGCUCAGCUCCGCGGACAGGAACCGGCGCCCAGUCAGUCCAGAAGUUUGCCGGCGUUGAACGGCCCUUAUGAUUGGUCCCUGGGAGUCGGCCAGCCCGGGUCGCCGACUGCCAGGGGCGCUAACUUGGCCGCGGUUACAGCCCGCACCCCGGGCAGCGGCAGCUGUGCAACGACGCCGGGGUGGAAGGACAGCCGGUGCCGGGUGCUCAGCGACUCCCGUUGUUUCCUGGCGUGUAUGUGUUGCCUGACCUUCAUCCAGUCGCUCAUGGUGUCCGGCUACCUCAGCAGCGUCAUCACCACCAUCGAGAAGCGCUACAACCUGAAGAGCUCCGAGUCCGGUCUCCUAGUAAGCUGCUUCGAUAUCGGCAGCCUGCUGGUGGUGGUCUUCAUCAGCUACUUCGGGGGUCGGGGUCGGAGACCCCGCUGGCUGGCCGUGGGCGGCUUCCUCAUCGCCGUCGGAGCCGCUCUCUUCACUCUCCCUCACUUCAUCUCUCCCGCUUACGAGAUCCAGGAGCUGAACACGACCUCGUCCGGGCAGGGUUUAUGCAGCGCCAGCAAUGGCACCGGCGCCAGAGACUCGGGGUCUGGCUGCGCGGGCAGACACUCCUCCGGCCGACAGCACUCACUCUAUGUGGCUCUUUUUGUCUGCGCCCAGCUGCUCAUCGGCGUGGGCUCAACCCCCAUUUACACGCUGGGGCCCACAUAUUUGGACGACAACGUCAAAGCUGAGAACGCAUCCCUCUACUUGGCAAUUAUGUAUGUUAUGGGAGCAUUGGGUCCUGCAGCAGGCUAUCUUCUUGGUGGUGUCUUGAUUGGCUUCUAUGUAGAUCCCAGGGCCACAAUUCAGAUUGACCAGACUGACCCACGCUUCAUUGGAAAUUGGUGGAGUGGAUUUUUGCUAUGUGCGGUUACUAUGCUCCUUGUUAUAGUGCCAAUGUUCACUUUCCCUCAAAAACUUCCACCUCGGCAGAAGAGGAAGAAGAAAAUGGUUUCAAAUAAUUUGAAUAGUGAUAAUGAGAUGAUGAAAGGGAAAGCUGAGAACAAAGAACACAAAAGAAGCACUGUGACUUCCUCCAUGGGUUUUGGAAAGGAUAUUAAAGACAUUCCCAAAGCUGCUGUCAGGAUCUUGAGCAACAUGACAUUCCUGUUUGUGAGCUUGUCAUACACUGCAGAAAGUGCCAUCGUCACCGCUUUUAUUACCUUCAUACCCAAGUUCAUUGAAUCUCAGUUUGGCAUCCCAGCAUCUAAUGCAAGCAUUUACACUGGUGUGGUCAUUGUUCCCAGUGCUGGUGUUGGCAUUAUCCUUGGGGGCUACAUUAUUAAAAAGCUCAAGCUUGGCGCGCGAGAAUCAGCUAAACUUGCGAUGAUCUGUAGUGGGGUUUCUUUGCUGUGCUUCUCCACACUCUUUAUUGUUGGCUGUGAAAGCAUUAAUCUCGGAGGCAUUAAUAUACCCUACACCACAGGCCCUUCACUUACAAUGACGCACAGAAAUCUAACCGGCGACUGCAACGUUAACUGUGGAUGCAGAAUCCAUGAUUAUGAACCUGUCUGUGGAUCAGAUGGGAUAACAUACUUCAGUCCUUGUCUGGCUGGUUGCUCAGUCCUCGUCAAUGAAAGCACAAGGAUGAGGAACUAUACUGACUGUGCCUGUGUUCAAAGUCGGCAAGUGAUAACCCCGCCUACAGCAGGGCAAAGGAAUCAGCUCCGUUUGGUCAUUGUGAAAACGUAUCUGAAUGAGAAUGGAUAUGCAGUGUCUGGCAAGUGUGAGCGGACAUGCAAUACCCUGAUCCCUUUUCUAGUAUUUCUCUUCAUCGUCACGUUAAUUACAGCUUGUGCACAGCCAUCAGUAAUCAUAGUGACACUCAGGUCCGUAGAAGAUCAGGAGAGACCUUUUGCGCUGGGUAUGCAAUUUGUUCUCCUACGAACUCUUGCUUACAUUCCAACACCAAUUUACUUCGGGGCUGUGAUUGACACAACUUGCAUGCUUUGGCAACAGGAAUGUGGCGUUGUCGGCUCCUGCUGGGAAUACGAUGUGACCUCCUUCAGAUUUGUCUACUUCGGGCUGGCAGCAGGCCUCAAGUUUGCCGGCUUUGUUUUUAUCUCUUUUGCCUGGCACUCAAUCAAACAGAAAGAAACCCAUCUGCAAAGGUGGCGACGGAGAGCUUCACCCAUAAGCACUGUCAGUGAACUGCUCAGUAACCCAGGGACUCGCCACAACUAUGCACAGACUCGAUCAUGUCCUUCCUUUCAAAUAAGAGCCGAACACAAUGAACACCUACCACAGUCUGGAAGAGUUCAGCAUGUAGCAUAGAUAUCAUCUGAUAUCCCAUGAAAAAGUAAUAUACACGGUUAAGAACACUGAACAAAGUGAUAAUAGACACAGGUGAAUUCACAUAUACUGUAUGUUGUCUGAGGGAUUUAGUUGUCAAAAAAUUACUGAUGGUUGUUCUUACGUUUAAUUCUUCGACAAAGCACCAUUUGGAAAGUUUCUCCAGGUAAAACAACAAAACCUGUGCCUUUUUAAUUUAAAAAGUGACAUCCACUGACUAAAGGAAAUGGAUUAUCACAUCAACUAUGGCACACUGGAGGGCUGGUUACCUCAAUGUGAUUUGAACUCACGGAUAACUUGUGUCAUUUUUAAUCUUAUGGAGUGAUGAUUUGCACUCAAGUCAAUUUAAGGAUAAUCUCUGAAAGAAUAAGAAACAGAACAAACUUCCAUAAUGUUUUUAAAAAUAAAUUCUAUUUUGAUCUGUUCUAGAUUGUUAGAAACUAAUAAGUACUCCAAGAUACAAAGUGGGUGAAUUCUUCACUUGGUAAUUUUGACAUAAAGUUGAGGUCUGUUCCCCAUUAUAGGAUCUGCAAGCCUAUGACCACUACAGUGACUUCCUUCAGAAACAAACAGCCAGCAAGUUUAAAAUCUGUCCCCAUAUCCUUGAACUCGGUCUAAUGCUUUAUGUGUAAAUGGACGUCUUUUAACAUACUGUAAUCAUUAAUAAUCUUUGUGCAACUUACAGUACUGUACAAAUGUCUUAGGCACCCUAGAUUUUUAAAAUAUGGUUUCAGAUGGUAUGGUCUCCACAGAGCCGUGAUCUCAACACCAUCAAUACCUGGAGAGACAGAAGCAAGCAAGACAGUCAAAGUCUGCUGAAGAACUGUAGCAAGAGAAUUGAAGCAGGUUUAAAGGGAAAGGCUGGUCACACCAGAUAUUGAUUUGAUUUAGUUUUUUACUGUUUACUGCUCCUUAUAGUAAUUUUUUUGAUAUUUAGAAACUUUACUCAUUUCAUUUUUUAAAGCAUUUUUGCUUUACAAAGUUUUCUUUCAUGUGCCUAAGACUUUUGCUCAGUACUGUAUUACAAGAUAGUAAAUUCCAGCAGUUUGUAAAAGUAUGUUAAAAACAUUGCAAAGGUUUGAAAAAUGGAUCAGGUUUUGACUGAUGGGUUGAGUUCUUCCAGCUUUUUCUGUUCCUGUUAUGUGUAAUAUUGAUGUGCCUGGACCGUGUGCCUUUGCCACAGAUGGGGGCACAAAUUCCUGAAGUUCUAGCGCUUACCAGUAGGUGGCAAUAAUGACCUGGUUCAAAGAAGCACGACUGAUGCUCAGAACACAGAGUCAAAGGUCCAAUACUGUUAAUGUGACAAGCAGUUGGUAUUGCUGGCACCCGCUGUUGGAAAUGGGUGUGAAAAGAACAUGCAGGUCCUUCAGGAAUAAAUAAAAACAAAGUUUGUUGAAAACAGGAGAUUUACCAUAUCUAUAAUGGAGAAAGAUAAAUCAAUUUUCAGUUGCAGUCUUACAGAUUCUGAAAUGCUAACUUCUCUCUUUUAGAUCCUGACAGAUCUGCUUUGUGUUUUGAGCAUCUUUCUGUGUUUUGUAUCAGUGGAUACGUGUGGGAUCAAAGGAUAUUAGCUGGUUAUUUUGCAUGGGACAAUGAAAAGGAUGGUAGCUGUAAAAGUAAAUGGAAAUGACUGUACAAAGUUAAGCUGUUGCUAGUCAACCGUACCUUAGUCAUAAAAAUAAUCCCAGUGUUGAUCCUGUGUGCUGAAUGUUACUGUUCCAAAGGCAUGGGAGCAAGACCCAGGAAACCCAGCUGUUUCUGCAGCAUAUUUAUUAGUUGCUCUGUAAUCAUGCUACCACUUUAACCUUACAUUUCAGCUUUAUUUUCCAUCAAUUAAAUUGAGCAGGUAGCUUCAAUUUCAGGUCACAGGUUAAAUGGACAUUUCAGACAAAACCUUUGAAGGUUUACGGAGUCGGCUGCAUAGAGAAAAGGAGCGUGCAGCGCUCAGGACGCUCCAUUCUGAGGGCAGAAGGGCACACAGGAGCAUGAUAACUCCCACUGCUGGGAAGAAGUGGGCCGUCAGCAAGAGCAGGCAGGAAUAGAGCUAGUCUUAGGAGUGAGUAGCGGUGGCAUGGUUUCCUGCUGCCGGACCCUAGGUGAAAGAGAGUUUAGUGCCUUCGUAUGAUUAGGAAAAGUGUGCACUGUGUUUCAUGUGUAUUACCGUAAUUCCAUAAAUCUACUCCUAUUCCUCUUGCCCUUGCCCCGCAUAUUCACAUGUGGGGACAGCCAUCAUCUGCAUUUCCCCACAUCCCCUCUAUACAGCCAGACACCUUUAUGCAAUGUCUCAUCUUCACACCAAAUAAAUUUUCAUGCAUUUAUGUCUUCUCCUUCCCUCGUCACUAAAGACAGUGUGGUGCAGUAGGGAGAGGGGGGAACUUAGAGUCUCUCACCUCUUAUGUCUGCAGGAUUGGUCGAUGAAGAUGUGCAGAUGUGUUCCCUCCAUUGCCUGAUGCCAGUUUUGAAUUUUAUCCAGCCAUGUAGCAUGCAAUUUGAACCAGCAAUGUCUCAUCACUGGGAGAGGAGUGGCUACUUUUGUAGAAUAUGCAAACAGUUGGAGGGAGGUUCAGGGUGAGUUAGACUUUGUUUAUGACAUGGAGCUUGGGGGAGGUUUAGAGUGACUGGGGUGGAAAUGGUGUGAGGGAAUGAGAUAAAUCCAUUGUUUCUUGAUCCUGCAGCUGGUGCAGUAAAUAUUUUUCAAAGGCUUUCACAUAUUAUAAUAUUAAGCUUCAUGUUAAAUCAAGACAAUAUAGUUAAAACAGGGACAGAACAUUUGGCAACAGUUUUGAGCAUUGAGAACAGAUUCACUGACCAACAUCUGACUCUCCUCCAUUAUAGGUGGACAUGAGUAGGGAGGGCUUUUAUAUUUUAAGACUUCCAGCAUUGCCUUUGUCCCCUUUCUACUUACUUUUGGGAAUAAAAAAAAAUCUCUUCAGAACCUUCUACAGUGGAACCUGCUUCCAGGAGGCUGAAAUUAGGACUGAGGAUAGAGAUGGUGUCGAAGCCUUUGAAGGUUGACCGAAUCUGUUUACAUGGAGUACUCUGAAGCAGUGUAUGAGGUCUCCAACCUAGGACCAGCCCACUAGUGACUGACUAUAUAUGUCCAAAAAUUGGACGUGGAGCUAGCUUGCUAGUAUAUUCAAACACAGCACUCAUUGACUCCAUGAAAAUACAGGGCCUCUCACUAACCAAACAACUGUGUGGCUGCAGUGUGCCGACUGUACAAUCAGAUGUUCAAGGCCAUGGGCAUUUGCCCAGCCCAAAACAGACACAUAAACAUCAUGCCUGUUGAAAAAGGAAGCACGCUGUGCCUUAUUUAACUUUGGUUGGUUUAGCCGCCAUCAUCAGCCUCUUCGUUAAAAGGGUGCAUAACCAUCUCUUAUAGGUAUAUUUUGGUCACCUUCCUCAGUGUCAGUAGCCUAAGUGUUCCUCUCAGGAGGGGUUAAGGGUGACGAUGGCUGAUUGAGGGGUACUAGUUUUGUGGCAGAAUUGGGGCAGUGCCCAUCUUGCUGCCUACCUUGCUCAAUGGGAAGGUUAAUCUGAAUUCUGUUUCCCAAACUCGACGCUCAACAACAAUUUCUUGAAGUUGUACAGUGUCUCUUACCUUGUUUUGCCUCUCUCUGUAAAAGCCCAUUCAUAUAGGUGUCAUGCAUUUCAAAGUGUUUUGGGAGGCCCUAAAUUAACUCAUCCCAAUAAAAGAUCAGAUGUUGCUUCUUAUUGUGUCCAUUCUACACCUAUCAUCCCAGAUUUUUUUUAUUUUUUUUCGUUGAGUUCCCCCAUGUGAAGGGAAUAAAGACUGAGUGGUCUCGAGUGCUACUUGCAAUAAAUUUACCAGGAUGUUUCUCUACCGAUCAUGAACAGAUGAAGUGUUUGCUCAGAUAAACUAGAUUAUGCCUUGAGAUUUCAUAAAAUGUUUGCUAAUAUUUUUGUCGCCUUUGGUAAUUUUUGUUAGAGUAAAUGAGCAUAGAAACAAGCUCAUCUGCCUAUCCAAAUCAGUACCGGGCAUUAACCUUGCAACUAGAAAUCCUCAGGAAGCUCAAAAGGGGAUCAUUUUCAGGGGACUCUUUACCCCUGGCACUCUAAAAAUGAAGUCAAAAAUCGUGAAAUCAUCUACCAACAUAGCCUUCCAAAGGUGAUCCAGUAGAGUUGACACUUCUGUAACUCCACAGUGUCCUGACCAACAAAUCCAUUACUCUCAUUAACACCAAUUCUGCCCUGCCCCCCCCAGAUCCCACCACACAUUUACAGUUUACAGUUGCCAAUUAACCCACCAAACUGCACCUCUCUGGGAUGUGGCUGGAAAUCCCCACAGCUACAGGAAACAUGUGGAAACUCCACACCGGCAAUAUCCAAGGUCAGGUUUGAAUCCAGGUCUCUGUCACUGCAAAGAAGCACCCCUACUAGCAGUGCCACAGUGCCACACCAUAGUGUGGCUUAGUGUGAUGCACCGAAAUAUAAGUCAUUUUAUACCGUCAUAAAAUAUUUGUUUACGAGAAAGAAAGCUUUGCCACAAAUUUUAUUAUGAAGUCUGUUUCCUCAAAUAUAAAAAUGUGAGAUCAUAUUUUCAGGUCCCACUAUAUAUUAUAAUUUUACAUCAUAGGAUAAUAAAUAGGAAUUGCUAGUGCUGGAAAUUCACCUUUAUUAUAUUAACAAAUGAAAACUUAAUAUGAGUCACUUAAAGUCAUUUGUUCUGUAGAUGAACACAGGUAUUCUUAAUUUUUUUUUGCUUCUCUAAGAAUGCCACAGGGGCACAGUCAGCUACAUUUGCCAAGGCAACUUCUAGAUUGAGACCAGAGUAAGCAGGGAUUUUCUUCUUCAGUUAUACCGAGUGCAUGGCAUAUUCAAGACGCAUAUCAAACCUGCACACAGCAAGGCAUCCUUCAACACUGUUGAAAGGAAAUGCUGAAGUGAAAUGUAGUGGUCUUCACAAAUAAGAAAGAAAAUUAAUGCCAAAUAUCUGCAAAAAACUGGAACAUUUGGUCUCAUUUUCAGCUAUCUCAUUGAAGUACUGCCUAUUGUAAACAUAUUUAAGUACUUUGCUAUGUUUUGUUACUUAUCAAGUGACUUGUUUUUAACUUGAAUAAGAUCAAAUAGAAUUUGAAAAGAACUCACAUUGCACUUAAGAGCUGAGAAAACAAUUGGUUUGGAACAUGUGAUAUAUUUCCAAAGUGUGUUUUUAUAACUGCAACCUUAUUUUUGUUAUAGCUGAAGCAGGAAAAACAAAAAAAAACUUGAAUUUUGAUGUUCAGUUUUUCCUGCUUACUUACUACUGUUUCAGGUAUAUGCACAGGUGUUCCAUCUUAGCAGUCACUUUAUCGCACAAACUCACUCAACUUCUUUGAUGUACUCCACAAAAUGGUAUUUAAAUUGUACUCUUACAUUAGCUCAAAUUCUAAAAGUUGAAGAUACUUUUCAUAUUUGUGUAGUUUAGAUCUCACAGGUAGAUUGUGUAGAAAUUAGAUCUAAUUCAAUUGUGUCAUGAAGAGCACAGUAAUGCACAUUUGCCUGCAAUAAACAAUUUAGCUUAAAUUCUACACUGAUUGCAAAUGUAUCCUGACAUAGAGUUUUUUCCUGUUAACAGCACCAACAUUCAGUACAGUGGCAUUGGGGCAUCGUGCUGUUUUCAGAAACUGCUUCUAUUAGAAUUAACAAUGGAGCCAUAUUUCAGAGCAAAAUAUUCAAUGCAUUAAGGACAAAGUAUUGAGGACAACUUUCUACUAUAUGACUAUAGUAUUGCAGUUUUUAUACUCUGAACUCAUAUUACUAUGAUCCUUCUAUUUUGAUUUUCCUUUCUCUCUGAUCUUUACAAAGCUGGAUUCAUGUGUGUGUGUGCGUGCGUGCGUGUGUGUGUGUGUGUGUGUACCUGUUUAGCCUGAUGCUCAGGGCAAUAUAUUUAUGGAUAUUUAUCUUACAUUUUACUCUCAUGAGAUAUCAUAUCUUGUUAUUCAUUUUAUACAAAUACUGUAUUUCAAAAGCAAACAAAACGCAAUGGCAUAAUAUACAUAAUUGCAAAUCCUAAUGCUGUUGUAUUUUUACUGUGUGUAAAAUUACUAACUUGAAAUUCUCAUUGUGUUACUGGCAUGCAUUUAUUCAUAUUUACAGAGUGGAAGGUUGCAUUUUGAUAAAACACGGAAUUUGGUGCAAUUAUUUUUUGGUGUCAGGUUCUGAACUGAAAGAUCAAGGGGUUGGAACUGUGGAGCAAGGGCAGCCGAUGGCAACUGAUCUGAUAAUGGUUAUCCUGUACUAUACAUGGUCCUUUGGUAUUCUGGGGCAUAUUUGCAGUUGUGAUUUAUAGGAAAACAGUGUGAGAAGAAAGAUGAGUUAUAAUUUACAGGAAGAAUCCUUGGCAUAUGGCCAGGGGCUGCAUUAUAUACGUAGGAUUAACUCUGCUAGCAAGUGUACCAUAGAUGGCUUUCUGGUCACGUAUUUGUUCUUGCCAGUUUUUUUUCCUCUGAUGACAUAUGUUUAUCCUUAUACCCAGAAGGCAAUGUCUCUUUGCCAAGAUUUGAUGAGUGUUUACUCCUCUCAGGUACCUCCUUGGAUGAAUGAGUGUUGACAGGGAACGAUAGCAGGUUGCUCAACCAGCAGGGGCUUUGUGACUGAGCCCAACCCACCCUGACACAUUAACUCUUCCACCGGGGACAACAACCACUAGGAUUUACAUCUCUCAGCCCAGACACUGUAGUAUCGUUACUGCUGGCUAAAAUCAGCUACUUGAGCACAUACAUCAGGCCUUAGGAAUUAUAUGAAUUAAAAGCAUGAUUCACUGAGUGCAGGUAAAUUAAACUCUUGUAUAAUUUUCAGAAUGGGCAUUUUUAUUAGAUCUGUUACCUCUACCAGCAGGAGCAACCUCCUCCUUGAACAGGUGGGAACUUUCACUGGGACGGGGAGUUGACUUGUAUUUUUUAAAAAAGUGUUUAUAAGCUUAUUGCAUCAAUUGUACUGGAUGUAUAUGUGGUGUGAUUGUGAUAAGCAAAGAGGCAAGAAGUUACUGGUUAUUUUAAAUCUUUUUAAUUUUGGAAUAUACUGUAGUCAAUAUUUGAGUUUUCUAAAUGAUUGGUCAUUUUUUAUUUAUUUCAAAUGUAGUAUUAAUAACAGCCUUUAAUUGCUUCAUCUUAUCAGGAAUAUCAGUAAUCAUUAUAUUUGUUAACAACUGUUUACAGUAAAUGCUUGAUUCCUUGUCAAUAAUAAAAAGUUUGUGCAGAUGGCUUAAUAUUGCUCCAUGUUUAAUUGGAUCAAAUGGAAAUAAACUGUAGAAAA